AGGAGGAGGACUACGGGGGUCACUAUGUGCCCGGAGGAAGGGGCUUAUUCCGCCGCCUCCGCUUUCGGGCAGCAGCUGACCGCAGCCUUGACAAAUGAGGAUCAAUGGCAGGGGUGAGGUUGGAGCUAAAGUAACUGUCCUGCCUCUCCCUGUCAGACUUCAAUCACUACUCAGAGCAAAGAGAUGGACCAACGCUAGAAGAUUUGAGGGUAUGGUGAGGGCGAGGGACAGUAAAGAGAAAGCUGCCCGUGGAUACUAAAUGCUGCUCUAGAUUAUGAGCUCAAGCAAGAGUGCACGAUAUAAUCGUUUCUCUGGUGGCCCAGCAAACCUCCCUCCCUCGGACAGCACAAACGGGACCAGAAUGGAGACUACCUUUGGUCCUGCAUUUUCAGCUGUUACCACCAUUACUAAAGUAGCUGAUGGGACCAGCACGUACAAACAGCACCGUAGGACUCCCUCUUCCUCCAGCACACUCACCUAUUCCCAGAGGGACGAAGAGGACGGCAUGCCCCCGAUCAACACACCUCGUCGCUCUGAUUCGGCCAUAUCUGUCCGCUCCUUGCAUUCUGAAUCCAGCAUGUCCUUACGGUCCACGUUCUCCCUGCAUGAAGAGGAAGAAGAGCCAGAGCCUCUGGUGUUUGCGGAGCAGCCGUCAGUGAAGCUGUGCUGUCAGCUCUGCUGCAGUGUGUUCAAGGACCCAGUGAUCACGACCUGUGGGCACACGUUCUGUAGAAGAUGUGCCUUAAAGUCUGAGAAGUGCCCAGUGGACAACGCCAAGCUGACCGUGGUGGUGAACAACAUCGCCGUGGCCGAGCAGAUUGGCGAGCUCUUCAUUCACUGCAAGCAUGGCUGCCGCACCGUGGGCAGUGGGAAGCCCGCCACCUUCGAGGUAGACCCCCGUGGCUGCCCCUUCACCAUCAAACUCAGCUCCAGGAAAGACCAUGAAGGCAGCUGUGACUACCGGCCUGUGAGAUGCCCCAACAACCCCAGCUGCCCCCCUCUGCUGAAAAUGAACCUGGAGGCACAUCUCAAAGAAUGCGAGCACAUCAAGUGUCCUCACUCCAAAUACGGCUGUACGUUCAUAGGAAAUCAGGACACCUAUGAAACUCACCUGGAGACCUGUAAGUUCGAAGGCCUGAAGGAGUUCUUGCAACAGACAGAUGACCGUUUCCAUGAAAUGCAUGUGGCCCUGGCACAGAAAGACCAAGAAAUCGCCUUCCUCCGGUCAAUGCUAGGGAAACUGUCAGAGAAGAUUGACCAGCUGGAGAAGAACCUGGAGCUCAAAUUUGAUGUGUUGGAUGAGAACCAGAGCAAACUGAGUGAAGACCUCAUGGAGUUCCGACGGGAUGCGUCCAUGUUGAAUGAUGAGCUGUCUCAUAUCAAUGCCCGCUUAAAUAUGGGAAUCCUAGGAUCCUAUGACCCUCAGCAGAUCUUCAAGUGCAAAGGGACUUUUGUGGGCCACCAGGGCCCUGUGUGGUGUCUCUGUGUCUACUCCAUGGGGGACCUGCUUUUCAGCGGUUCGUCAGACAAAACCAUUAAGGUGUGGGACACCUGCACCACCUACAAAUGCCAGAAGACUCUGGAAGGCCACGAUGGCAUUGUGCUCGCACUCUGUAUCCAAGGGUGCAAGCUCUACAGUGGAUCUGCGGAUUGUACCAUCAUUGUCUGGGACAUUCAAAACCUGCAGAAGGUCAACACCAUCCGAGCUCAUGACAAUCCUGUUUGCACUUUGGUUUCCUCACAUAACAUGCUCUUCAGUGGUUCCCUCAAAGCCAUCAAGGUCUGGGACAUUGUGGGCACAGAGCUGAAGCUCAAGAAGGAGCUCACAGGCCUCAAUCACUGGGUACGGGCCCUAGUGGCCUCUCAGAACUACCUGUACAGUGGCUCCUACCAGACAAUCAAGAUCUGGGACAUCCGAAACCUCGAGUGUAUCCACGUGCUACAGACGUCGGGGGGCAGUGUCUACUCCAUCGCGGUGACAAAUCACCACAUUGUCUGCGGGACCUAUGAGAACCUCAUCCAUGUUUGGGAUAUUGAAUCUAAGGAGCAGGUGCGGACAUUAACAGGUCACGUGGGGACAGUAUAUGCCCUGGCCGUCAUCUCAACCCCGGACCAGACCAAAGUUUUCAGCGCCUCCUAUGACCGGUCACUCAGGGUCUGGAGCAUGGAUAACAUGAUCUGCACACAAACACUCCUUCGACACCAGGGCAGUGUCACCGCGCUGGCCGUCUCCCGGGGUCGACUUUUCUCUGGAGCUGUAGACAGCACUGUCAAGGUUUGGACGUGUUAAUAGGAGAAUCCAGGACAGUCCUCCCCCUGGGAGCUACCAGAUCCUUGCCCUGUGUUGUGCCAUCCCAUGGCCAGAGCCUUGGAGGGAAUCCCCAGGAAUGGUUGCCACACAAGUCAGCCAAGCAGCUGCUCCUAAACUUUUGCCCCAAAGCUGCUGUCCCAGGUACGGGGCAUCCUCCUGGGCAGUGCAGGUACCUCAGCCCUCCUGCUCUGCCCACCCCACCCUAGCCACAGGAUGGAACAUUAAGUGGACUCGUGAUGGACUUCUCCACACACAUACACACAUGCACAUGUUCAUGAUAGACCCAGCACUCCAGCCAGCUCCUCAGAGCCCCUGUCAGAGCAGCCUGGUGGGUGGCCCCAGCCCAGAGGCCCAAUCACUCCCUUCCCUUUGUAGACGGUAAUAGAUGCUCUUCUGGCACUCGGGGCCUGCUGGUUGGGCCACGCGCACAGACACUCCUUUUCUCCUGCCCAUUGUUGCUGAUUGUGCUGCCAAGAUGUUCUCAAGCUCCUCUCAGAUGGUGGGCUGCUGGGGACAUUUACCCAGGGUCACCGGUACGAUGCUCAAGGCCCACACCAGUCCUCCAUUCACAUUCCCCACACCAUGGAAACUCCUCAUCAGGCAAGGGACCGGCCUUGGGUACAUUUUUACUCACGUUUUUUACGGUUUUUAGACUGUAUAUAGAUUUGAUUAUUUCCUCAUUGACAAUAAAAUCUAAAUGGAGCGUGGA